AUGAAAUUCUCUGCCGUAGUCGUUGCUCUCGCUCUUUUCGCAUCUGCCAAUGCCGUACCAUUAAACACGAGGCAAGAGGCAAAACCUUUUACACAUCAGAACGGCGUUGACGCCCAGAAUUUGAAUGACAAGUUCUCUAAAUUGACUCCCAAUUCGCCAUGUACCGCCGGAGAAAAUGCCUGCGUAAACAAAGGUUUCGCUCAGUGUGUUGGUAACACGUUCCAAAUUACUCAAUGCGCCGGUGGCACACAGUGCUUUGCUCUUCCUCUUGUCAACAAGCCCGGAACUUCGAUUACCUGCACCACCCCGUCGGAUGCUCAGACCCGCAUCAGCACAGCUCUUUCAGCCCCCGCUGGUGGCAGUUCUUCAUCUGGUAACACGCCUCCUCCUGCUUCAACCACUUCGUCUUCCGCUACUCCCGCCGCUACUCCUAAUGCUGCGCCCAAGCCUGGCGCAAGCACCGCGACUGGUGCAAAUUGCAACACGGUUCGCUCCUGCAAUGCAAGAGAUGCGAUAAAGCUUGCCAACGACUUCAAAAAACUUAAUGACAACUCACCAUGCACAGCUGGCCAAAACGCUUGCGUCAACGGCAAAUUCGCCCAGUGUGUUGGUGGCAAAUUCCAAUCUACGGCAUGCAGUGGUGGAACGACAUGUCAAGUGCUUCCUUUGGUUAACUCUCGCGGUACUUCCAUCACUUGUGACACUGACGCAGACGCCAAGGCCCGUAUUCAAGAUGCGCUUAACAACUAG